AUGAUUCAGAGCGCCCUGAGCCCCGCUCACUUUGGGUUAUAUCCGGGCCUCAUGGACGCGCGGCGAGGCGGGGACGCAGAGGGAGCUCCCGACGCCAGCGCGGGCCCCGCGCGCCUCGAUUUCGGCAGCAACACCCGGGAGCUCAUGGAGUACGCCGACGAGGUGCUGCGCUCGAGCGCCAGCAAGGACGAGGACGCCCCGCCGCAGCCGGUGACGUCCACGACUCCUUUCCUCGACUCCCUGGAGCCCGCCGGCCGCACGGACUCCCAGACCGACACGGUCUCGAACCCCAUCGAGAUCGGCGCGGACCAGUUCUCGAGCGACGAAUUCCGGCUCUAUAAGUGCAAGGUCAUGCGAUGCCCCAAGACGCGGCCGCACGACUGGACCAACUGCCCGUACGCGCACCCGGGCGAGAAGGCGGCCCGGCGCGACCCGCUCGUGUACAACUACCGCGGCUGGGCGUGCCCGGAGUUCCGGCGCGCGGGGUCGUGCCCCCGCGGCGACGCGUGCCCGUUGGCGCACGGCGUCUUCGAAUGUUGGCUGCACCCGUCGCGGUACCGCACGAUGAAGUGCGUGGACGGCGCGGCCUGCACGCGGAAGAUCUGCUUCUUCGCGCACAACGAGAGCGAGCUCCGCGUCGUGCCCCCUGAGGACCCCGCGCGUAUUAUGGAGCUGCAGACGCUGCUCGGGGAGGGCGGGCACGGCGCGGGGGGCGGCGGCGGCGCGUGGGAGACCGGGACGCAGCCGGGGUCGGGGCAGGCGAGCUUCUCGCACGGCCACGACCCGUUCUCGCUGCCGCCGGGGGUGACGGCAGAGCACGUGGGCCGCAGCGCGGAGCUGGCGUCGCUGCAGGCGCUCCUCGCGGACAAGGGCCGCGAGGUCCGCGAGAUCCGCGCGAAGAUGGUCGCGAUCGCGACGCGGAUGCCGCUCGUCGACCGCUCCGACGGGUCUGCGGCGCGCCUCCCCAUCACGCAGCUCCAGGCACUGGGGUUCUCGGCUGAGGCGCGCCUCGGUGCGUCGCCCGGCAUGAACAGCGCGCCGUCGAGCGACAUGAUGCGCCUGCAGCACGCGCAGACCGAGGCGGCGGCGCGCAUGCGCCGCGGCGUGCGGAAGCAGCAGACGCUGCAGCAGCAGCAGCAGCAGCAGCGGAUGCAGCUCGCGCAGCAGAUGGCCGCGAUGGGCGGCGGCGACGGCAUGGGCGGGCCGCCCGGCGCGCAGCACGACGCCAUCCUGGCCAUGCGCGCGCACCUGGCGCGGCAGACCGCGAUGGUUGGGAGCGCGGCGCUGCAGGGCCCGCGGCAGCGGAGCUUCGGGUCGCCGGCGCCGCGGCGGGGGUCCGCGCAGGCGGGGCCGACGUCGAUGAUGUGGCGCGUGGACAACGGCGCGCCGCAGGUCGGCCACCACGCGUCGGGGGGGUCUUUUACGGCGCAGCGGCACAACCUGGGGGGAUUCUCGGAGACGACGGGGACGCCCGGGCAGUCGACGCUGCCGAUCGACAACCUCCGCGCCAUGUCCGAGUCCGUCGCGAGGACUGGCGGCUCGCGCAUCUCCCCGCUCGACCUGCACGGCCCGUCCGCCGGCGACCACGGCUUCGCGCCGUUCGACGCGGGCGCGCCGUUCAGCGACGCCGACGUCCACGCUGCGUACAUGGCCAUCAUGUCGUCGAGCAGCGCGCUCGACGCCGCGGGCGCCGGCUCGCCGUCGAUGCCCAAGCCCAGCGAGAACGCCGACCGCGACGCCCAGUGA